CAACUUACAUCUACUUAGGUACCUACUUAUUAAAUAUUUCUACUUAUUUACAGAUCCGCUAGGCCUUCUUAUGGGGACUCUGCUGUUGGAUGGGUGCAAGUUCGAAGGGAUAAAAAUGUGUGCACAGUUAAAGCUAAAAUGACACCUGAACACAAUGUGAGGAAAACACAAUAUGCUGUAACUUGCAAUAUUGAUGAGGAAUGUGAAAAGGUGUUAAAUAUUCAGUGCCAUGACUGUGCUGCCUCUUCAGGUGGAUGUAAGCAUUCCAUAGCACUCUUGAUGUGGCUUCACAGAAGGAGUGAAGAACCUUCUCCAACUGAAGUUGCUUGUUACUGGGCAAAGAGUAAACUUUCCAAAGUUGGAACUUCGGUUAAAUACCUAACUUUGAAGGAUUUUGGAGCACAAGAAGAACUGAGCUCAGAUGAAGAAAGCUCACUUUUUUUACAGGAAGUUGUGAACCAAGGACUAGAACAUAAUGUUGAGAGUCAGUUAUUGAAACACUUCAAGCCUAACAGAAUUUUACAACAUCUUGGACUACACCAAUUGAUGUUAAAUUUUGUUAGCAAAAAUGAUUCUUCGGAAAUGGCACUGAAUUUUUCAGAAUUUCUAGAACUUUAUUAUCAGGAAAUGGAUCCCCAACUAUGUUCUGAAGCUGCAGCAAUAACGAUUGAACAGUCUAAUUCCGGUUUAUGGUUUGACCUGCGAUAUGCAAGAAUAACUGCAUCAAAGAUUUAUGAUGCAGCACACUGCAAAAAAUCAGAUGGUUCCCUGGUUAACCAAAUACUUGGUGUAACCAAACUUCCUGCUACAGAAGCCAUGUCUCGAGGAAAAAGGCUUGAGGAUGCUGUAAUUAAAGCUUUAGAACAAAAAUUAAAGAUGAAACUCAGUCAUAUUGGGUUACAAUUAAAUCACAGGCAUCCAAUAUUUGGGGCUUCUCCAGAUGCUAUAUCUGAAGAGUUUGUAGUUGAAAUAAAAUGUCCUCAAUCUGAGAAAACUAUUUGUAACAAUUUAACAAAAAAUAUGGAAAUUACAGCAAAAUACAAAGCUCAAGUGCAGCUACAGAUGUUUCUAUGUAAGAAACAAAAAGCAUUAUUUUGUGUUGCAGAUCCUAAUUUUGAGGAAAAUUUAAAAUUUUUUGAUAUAUGGGUACAAUAUGAUGAAGAAUACAUAAAGAUGUUAAUGGAUGCUGCCGAAAACUUCUGGCAAUAUAAUAUAUUUACACAUUUAUGUAACUCAUUCAAAAAAUGAUAAUAUAUUUAUAUACAGCACGACCAGUUUCACUUUGCAUUUAAGAUUUGGAUGCAAACUGGUGUUAACAUUCGGUUUUUCCAAAUUUUUUUUAAAUUUUAUUUUUGUAACGUCUCGCCAAGUAAAAUGCCUGCACGGUACCAAAAUAAAAUUCAGAAAAUAUGGAAAAACCGAAAGUCAACAACAGUGCACAUCCAAAUCACAAAUACAAUGUGAAUCUGGUUGUGCUGUAUAUACAUAUAAAUAUAUAAAGUAUAAUUUAGGUAUAUACCUAUAAUUAAUUUAUGAUUAAUAAAACCACUUGCACUACGAUA